AUGUCAUAUGACACAGACCUGUCUGGUGUUCCUGUCAAUGGAUAUGACACAGACCUAUCUGGUGUUUCUGUCAAUGGAUAUGACACAGACCUAUCUGGUGUUUCUGUUAAUGGAUAUGACACAGACCUGUCUGGUGUUUCUGUUAAUGGAUAUGACACAGACCUAUCUGGUGUUUCUGUUAAUGGAUAUGACACAGACCUAUCUGGUGUUUCUGUUAAUGGAUAUGACACAGACCUGUCUGGUGUUUCUGUCAAUGGAUAUGACACAGACCUAUCUGGUGUUUCUGUUAAUGGAUAUGACACAGACCUGUCUGGUGUUUCUGUUAAUGGAUAUGACACAGACCUAUCUGGUGUUUCUGUUAAUGGAUAUGACACAGACCUAUCUGGUGUUUCUGUCAGUGGAUAUGACACAGACCUGUCUGGUGUUCCUGUCAAUGGAUAUGACACAGACCUGUCUGGUGUUUCUGUUAAUGGAUAUGACACAGACCUAUCUGGUGUUUCUGUUAAUGGAUAUGACACAGACCUGUCUGGUGUUUCUGUCAAUGGAUAUGACACAGACCUAUCUGGUGUUUCUGUUAAUGGAUAUGACACAGACCUGUCUGGUGUUUCUGUUAAUGGAUAUGACACAGACCUAUCUGGUGUUUCUGUUAAUGGAUAUGACACAGACCUAUCUGGUGUUUCUGUCAAUGGAUAUGACACAGACCUAUCUGGUGUUUCUGUUAAUGGAUAUGACACAGACCUGUCUGGUGUUUCUGUUAAUGGAUAUGACACAGACCUAUCUGGUGUUUCUGUUAAUGGAUAUGACACAGACCUAUCUGGUGUUUCUGUCAGUGGAUAUGACACAGACCUGUCUGGUGUUCCUGUCAAUGGAUAUGACACAGACCUGUCUGGUGUUCCUGUCAAUGGAUAUGACACAGACCUAUCUGGUGUUCCUGUCAAUGGAUAUGACACAGGCCUGUCUGGUGUUUCUGUCAAUGGAUAUGACACAGACCUAUCUGGUGUUUCUGUCAAUGGAUAUGACAAAGGCCUAUCUGGUGUUUCUGUCAAUGGAUAUGACACAGACCUGUCUGGUGUUCCUGUCAAUGGAUAUGACACAGACCUAUCUGGUGUUCCUGUCAAUGGAUAUGACACAGGCCUGUCUGGUGUUUCUGUCAAUGGAUAUGACACAGACCUAUCUGGUGUUUCUGUCAAUGGAUAUGACAAAGGCCUAUCUGGUGUUUCUGUCAAUGGAUAUGACACAGAUCUGUCUGGUGUUCCUGUCAAUGGAUAUGGCACAGACCUGUCUGGUGUUUCUGUCAAUGGAUAUGACACAGGCCUGUCUGGUGUUCCUGUCAAUGGAUAUGACACAGACCUAUCUGGUGUUCCUGUCAAUGGAUAUGACACAGACCUGUCUGGUGUUCCUGUCAAUGGAUAUGACACAGACCUAUCUGGUGUUUCUGUCAAUGGAUAUGACACAGACCUAUCUGGUGUUCCUGUCAAUGGAUAUGACACAGACCUGUCUGGUGUUCCUGUCAAUGGAUAUGACACAGACCUGUCUGGUGUUUCUGUCAAUGGAUAUGACACAGGCCUAUCUGGUGCUCCUGUCAAUGGAUAUGACACAGGCCUGUCUGGUGUUUCUGUCAGUGGAUAUGACACAGCAAGGCUUAUAAUCAUCCAAUAA